UGCUGCCUCCAGAGCUGGGUCCUUAGUCAGCAGCCAGUGCUCUCUGGCCACACAGCUCAGAAGGCAGCAGUGCAGAAGCAAGGGUGGCAAUACCACCUCCCCGCUAAAAUAACCUUGCAAUCCCCCUGGAACUCCCUUUUGGUUCAGGACCACCAAUUUGAGAAAUGCUGGUCUCCCCCGUGAAAUCUGCAUAGUAUGGGGUAAAAGCAUUCAAAAAAACCAGAUUUCACAGUCUGAGACAGAUUUCAUGGUCAUGAAUUUGGUAGGGCCCUAGACAUAAGUGGUAGCGUUUUUGUUGCUAUAAAUCAAAAAUGGCUGCACCAGUUUAAUUUUCUUUCAAAUUUGGGAGAGAUAUUCAGUACUAGGCAAAGCUCAUAUAAACCAGAUCUCAGCCUCCUGCUCUCUUCCCUCUGCACCAUGGGAUUUGGUGGAGGGAAGGAAAAAUCAGCGUCACCUCUGCAGGGAUCCACACCUACUCACGGGAAGUGGAGUAGUUAGGGUCCUGAUCCUACUCAAGCUGAAGUCAAUGGCCAAACCUGUAUUGACUCAAAUGGUAUAGGAUUGGGCCUUUAAUGCCUACACAGAGCCUGAAUUGUCACUGCAUUAAUCCUUAUCUAUUUACUUAUUUAGAUUGUAAGCUCUUUGGACAGGGACUAGCUACUGCCCUCUGUUAUAGUGCCUAACACAAUGGGGCCCUGAUCUUGACUGAUCGCUACUGCAAUAAACACGAUUAAUAGUAAUAACUCCAGUUUUAUGUUGGUGCAUCUCCAUUGAAACCAAUGGUGUUACAUUGGUGUAAACUGGAGUAAUGUAUUAGUGAGCGUGGCCCAUCGUCUGCAGUAAUUUACACAGGUUCCCCUUGUGCAGCUUGGAACUCCCCUUCUCCUCCAACCACCCCUAAGGGGAUUUCAGGGUAGUCACAGUUGGGGGAACACCUGAAUGAAUGGCACUGUGCAGGGGCCUCUAGCAGCAGUGGAGUCAAGGGACCUCAGUAAAAUAAACCUUUGCCUCUAGCACAUUUCCCCUGUAACUUUCUGAUUUAGGCGGUAGAGCUCACAGCUUCUUCUCCAGGAGACAAGCCUCACCCUUAUAACAGAAGGAUUUCAGGGAAACUCUGCCAAUUGAAAUGUGACUUUACACUCACUCACAUGGAAAUAACUUGCCUAGGGAAACAUGGGGCCCAAGGAGUUUGGAAGGAAUUUUUUUUGGAUGAGUUAGAAACCUCUGAAAACAGGACUUUCUAAUGCAAGUAUCCUCUCAACCUUAUUAUACACUUACUAAUGCACCAUUUCACACAUCCAUGUUUAUACAUUAUGGGCCUAAUUUUUUCCCAUGGAUACAUGGGUGCAAUUCCCUCUGAAGUCAGCAGGGACUUCAUGUGUGUAUGUGAAAGCUGAAUCAGCCCCCUGUGCAUGAAAUACUUGCGAAUGACUGUUUAGAAGAAACAGCCACUUUUCCUGGCAAACAUUUAGAUAGUUUAGUCAGUGACCUUAAAAGUGUGGUUAACAUAGGGGUUAUAGAGCAAUACAAGCUUUCUGACAGCGGGCCUGCAAAUUUUGUAUUCAUACAGGAAACUUCCAUUGAAGCCAGAUGUGAGUUUUGUGUUAGGUCUGCUGGACCUUUUAUUAAUAUUUAGAUCACUAGAAAGGGAGAUUAGGCUGCAAGGUUCCUGUAUUGUUCAAAACAUAAUCAAGAUCAGUGGAUGAUUAGGAUUCCCAGCAUAUACAAUAUGCACAUUAUAUAGGUCACCAGUCUGAUACUGCAAUAGUUAAUUAAAAUAACAUAGUUUAAUUAUUGGACAGAGUUUUCCAACCCGGUUGUCUAAAAUUAGUCCCCUAAACUUUUGAUUACCCACCUAAAUGAAACCUUUGGCACUCACAUUCCUAUUGAUAUGAACUGCAGAUGCUCAGUACAUCUGAACCUCAGGGCACUACUACUGAAGUGCCUAAAUAUGUAUUUAGGAAUCUAGUUUUAGCCAUAGAGGUCUGAAAAUUCUGGCAAUUGGGGCUAAUCUCCCAUAGAAUGCUUUUGGCAAAGUUGAUAAAAGACAACCAAACAUUGUUGGUCAUCUGUACUGUCUUCAUAAAAUAUUUUUUUGCAAGUUCUGCUGAUUUUAUUUUCUCUUAAGGGGUGAGGGCUUUUCCUAAUAAUUAUUUUAACUUCAUCUGAAAAGUAAGAUUAAAAAAACAAUAUUACUCCAAAUUGGGGAAAGGAUCUAGUUCUAUCCUGAAGGGCUUGUUCUAACUGACUUUUUUCACAUUGAGACAGCGCUCUUUCUUUCAAACUGGGAAAAGUGGAAAGGGUUCCAAAUUGCCAUUUAUAAUUAAACUAAAUCAAUAUGCAACACUUUUAUAUAGCCAAUGAAACUUCUGACUUAGUUCUCUAUACCAUCAUUAUCAUCCUUGCUUCUAAUGAACAAUAUCCAAAUCAGGCCUUUUCUGGGAAAUAUUAGGGAUACUUUAGAUGGCUAUGCUUAACCAUGGCUAAAGCUGUGAACAUCUUAUCUUGCUUUGAUGUUUUAGGCAUCUAUGACUGUGAUAGCUGCAGAUGUGAACAGUGUAUUUAAUUGUUAAUUAUUCCUGAGUUCUUGGAAUGUGAGUGCCUUCGAUUCACACUAAAAUUUUAUUUUAGACAGGGUUGUAUUAUAAACCAAAACCUAAAAUUGCUUUAAAAAACCCUUGACUUUAAUUAAUUACAUUGAAAUUUCAGAAGAUGGCGUUGAAGAUUAGCAAUUAAUAUUCUAAACACUGUACGUAUCCUAUACAUAGAAAGCCAAAAAAGUCAGUGUGCGAUGAUUGUUUUGAAUGUGGUCUUUAAGAACAGAGGAUGUGAAUGUCUGUUAAAAAUGUUAAAAACGGGCUGGGGGAGGGCUGCUACAUGAAUUGUGUGUGAAACCUGUAAGAUACAGUACUAAACGACUUGUUGCUAGUCCAAACCUCGAACUUCCUCCCCGCGCCUAGUUUAAGAGAGUCUGGUGAACAGCUAUCCUGUCUCUUAGUUGAUAUUUUUUUAAACAAAGAUAUUAACAAGUCAUUUACAGCCAGUGCUCCUUUUGCGUAUCAUGAGUUCAGUCGCUGCACGAUUUAAAAGGAACCUUGCUGAGAGACAUUUGGUUUGCUCAAUUGAAAAUUUUCGCUAUACAUUGAUCGCUCCUGUUUGCAUACAUGCAGUUCUGACGCUAUGAAUGGUAUGUGCAUGAUCUAUGUAUGAAAGCAGCGUCUGUCCCAUACAGUCUGUUCUUUUAGCAUUAAAAAUGUAUCCGUUUCAGAAUCCAAUUAACUGACGUGUAAUCCAUCGAUGUGAGAAAGGAAACUCGGACGAGUCACCCAACAAUGUACAGAUUAGCGCUGUUCUAAAAUCCAUAUGGCUUUAUCAGAGUGGUUGAUUGGAAAUACUUUGCCGCAGACUUGAAUUGUAACAAUCUGAAUCUGACACCCUCCCCUCGCAAGAUCUAUUUCACAACUCGCAGGUGUCUUCUGGAACAAAUGACUUUUGGGGCUACUGCAGCUUAUUCUCCUUAUAUACCGUUUGGCUUUGAAUCCACUUUGUAAAACAUCCCAAGUGACAGAGAGGGCGUGGGGAGUGGCGUGUGGGUAUGAUUAUGCGUUUAGGAAGGGGAGCUAGUCCUGGGUAGCCCACGUGUGGCAGCUUCUUAGUCUGGAAUGUCAGGCAAUGUGUACAGCGGCACCUACCUUUCUCAGAACCAGCUCUCUUCCUGUCUCUCAGUUCAACCUGCUGCUUUGAGGGCAAAGAUAAACAACCUUCUCUCGCAAGGCCUUUUUGCCACAAACUAUAAACCUUCCAUCCAGCACCAUCAUACAUUUUCUUGUAGGUGUGAUCUACGGAUCGUUUACUGUAAAAUAAAGCUGGCUGUAAAGCAGGUGAUCAGUCAGGGAUUUCCCGUUCUAUUUAUAUGUCUAUGUACACAAUAUAUAAAAACUAUUAGGCUCUGUACUUUUCCCCACGUGUCACGGUGUCUAGGUAAACCCCCAGCGGCCCGCGCCGCUUCAGUGCAGCCCCCACGCUCUUCUGCAUCUUCUCAGUCCAACCUCUGUAGACUCCGCCCCCAACCUCCCCCCCCCGCCAUCUGACAGUUCGUCAGUCAUAUAAGUUCCUGCUUUCGCUCAGUUUGGUUGUUUCAUAUCUUUUUUAACCAUUUGAGAAAACAGGCUGCCUCCUGCACUGAGCGGCUGGGUGAAAGAGUUGGUGCCCGGGCGUGUGCAGCGAGCAGCGGGUGCGUGGCAUGAACCUGGAGAGCAGCGAGUGCGGGAUGAGCUCGGUGAGCUGCGGCAACGGGAAGCUCCGCCAGUGGCUGAUUGACCAGAUCGACAGCGGCAAGUACCCGGGCCUGGUGUGGGAGAACGACGAGAAGAGCAUCUUCCGCAUCCCCUGGAAACACGCCGGCAAGCAGGACUACAACCGCGAGGAGGAUGCCGCCCUCUUCAAGGCUUGGGCUCUUUUUAAAGGAAAGUUCAGAGAGGGCAUUGAUAAACCAGAUCCCCCAACUUGGAAGACAAGGCUACGGUGUGCUUUGAACAAGAGCAAUGACUUUGAAGAACUGGUUGAGAGAAGCCAGCUGGAUAUUUCUGAUCCAUAUAAAGUGUACAGAAUAGUGCCAGAAGGAGCUAAAAAAGGAGCAAAACAACUCAGCCUAGAGGAUCAACAGAUAAUGAUGAACCAUCCGUACACAAUGACUUCUCCUUAUACUUCACUACAGGCUCAGGUGUCAAACUACAUGGUACCUCAUGAACGUAACUGGAGAGAUUUUGCCCCAGAGCAGCCACACCCUGACAUCCCCUACCAAUGCCCAAGUGUUCCUUUUGCAGCUCGCAGUCACCAUUGGCAAGGUCCUGCUUGUGAAAACGGUUGUCAGGUGACUGGAACCUUUUAUGCUUGUGCACCAUCUGAGUCACAGACUCCUGGGAUCCCAAUAGAGCCAAGCAUAAGGUCUGGUGAAGCUCUUGCACUAUCAGACUGUCGACUACACAUCUGUCUAUAUUACCGUGAAAUACUAGUGAAAGAGAUGACGACUUCAAGUCCCGAAGGCUGUAGAAUAUCUCAUGCCCAAAAUUAUGAGGUCAGCAGCUUGGAUCAAGUUAUCUUCCCCUAUCCAGAAGAUAAUGGCCAGAGGAAAAACAUAGAAAAAUUACUGAGCCACUUGGAACGAGGAGUAAUACUCUGGAUGGCACCUGAUGGGCUUUAUGCUAAGAGACUUUGUCAAAGCAGGAUCUACUGGGAUGGACCUCUGGCGAUAUGCAGUGACAGGCCAAAUAAACUGGAAAGGGAGCAGACCUGCAAACUUUUUGAUACUCAGCAAUUUUUAGCAGAACUGCAAGCUUUUGCCCACCAUGGACGUCCAUUGCCUAGAUUCCAGGUUGCUCUGUGUUUUGGAGAGGAAUUUCCAGACCCACAAAGACAGAGGAAGCUAAUUACAGCCCACGUUGAGCCAAUGUUUGCAAGGCAGCUGUAUUACUUUGCUCAACAAAACAGUGGACAUUUUCUGAGAGGCUAUGAUUUACCAGAACAUGUCACUAGUCCAGAGGAUUACCACAGAUCUAUUCGCCAUUCCUCCAUUCAAGAAUAAUCUCCUCAGAAGGAGUGUGUUUAAGGCUUUGUAAAGAUGAUGCAUAUUGGAAGAACAGAGCUGGUUCACAUUUUGGGGAUCCAAAUCACAGCUGGAUUUAUUCAGGAAAACAAAGUCUCAGAGACUGGAAAACGAACUAGAACAACAGUAUUGUACAAUAGAAACGAUGAGGCUUCAAGAUUUGGAUGAUACAUCUCACAUAGAUUCUGCGGUUGCUGGGGAUAACUGUGAAAACUGACAAAAUGUUUGAUAUGUUUACAUUGUUUAAACGUUCUCCAUGGUUUGAGGAUGACUUCUUGCUGAAGACUUAAAUUCAGAGUUUACAAUGUUAUGAUAUUUGCAGAGCUAUUUAUUUGUGAUUACAAAUCUCAGGGCAGGGAAAUAUAUUGGCAGUAUUCCCAGCAUGAAGCUGUAGCUACUGUGGGAAAGAUGGCACACAAGUGGCCUAGGCAUCCAUAAAUGUUAUGUUGUGAAUAGCUACAUAUGUAAGUGGUUAAGAAUUUAGAUUGUUAAGCGUGGUAAACUUUUUAUGCCUAUAUUCUUCUAUGAAAGUUUCAGUGUGUAUUUUUUUAAAAAAUCCAGUCCUAAUGAGAGAUAUAUUUUUAAUGCCUGACAUUUCUCUUCAAAGUGAAUUUUGUCGUCAUUACUGCUGUUAGUGGAUUGAUACUCACAACAGCACUUAGAAGAGUUCUCUAGAUGGUGUAUUUGGGGUAGUACAUUGUGAAGGGUGGUCAUUUAACAUUGCAGAGUCAGCAGGCAACUGAUACUUCUCUCUAACAAUCUCUAGAUCUGGGAGUUUUUGCUGUCUGUGUUGCAGGUGGGACCAUUGACUUGAAUCUAGACCCUAGAAUAAAACAGGUUUUUGAGAAAAUAACUGUAAUCUUUGAUAAUUAUUCUUUCAUAUAUGAUUCUUUUUUGGUGGUCAUUCUCACUGGCACAUAUAUGUAACAUGAAAUAGAUUUCCAAGGUACAUUUGUAUAGAUUUGGUAAAUAUUCACAAAAAGAGUUGUUGACUUACACAAGGUCAAAUUCUGCUCUUGGCUGUGCACCUACAACUCCCUUCCUCCUGUGCAGAAGUCAGUGGGAGCCAGGUGUCCAAAGAAGAGCAGGCUUUGGCCCAUAGUAUUAGUAGAGCUGGGAAUAUCUAUUCUAACUUUUGUUUUAAAAAGUAAAAAAAAAAAAAGUAUAAUUUCAGGAGAUUUACAACUUUUAAUGCUGGGAUGUUGAUUAUUUGCUUGCAUAUGCAAAUGAACUUGGAACUCCUUUGUAUGGCAAAGAAAGAGAGAGAUCUGUCAAUAUUGGUGUGUGUGUGUAUAUAUAUAAGUGAAAUUCUACAGUCUGUGUUAUGCAGGAGGUCAGACUAGGUGAUCAUAAUGGUCUGUUCUGGCCUUAAAAAUCUGUGAAUUUAUAUUUCUCAUGCCAGAAAGAUCCUCUCCAUGGUUAGAAAUACAUUUUGCUUGAAUUUCUAGCUAGAACAAAAUUGUAUAUGGUCUGACAGCAGACUCACAUUCUAGGGAACUUUAAUUUAUACAUCUUAAAGAUGCAUACUAUUUUGGGAUAUAAUAUCCCCCCUUUUCUCCCCUCCCAUAAGGCCAGUUUAUCAGUUCAUUAUGCUUUAAUAUUCUUCCUUACUUGAAAUAUCUUUCCUGACUUACAUGUUCUUAGGGGAAUACUCUAGCUCAUAGACAUUCAAAUCUCUGCGUUAGUCAGCCUCCAACCCUUUUUAAUUUGCACACUUCUAUGUAUAUUUUAGUCCAGUGAAGCAUGCAGUGCUUCAGUUGAAAUCAAUGGGACUUUUGUGUGCAAGACUGCAGAAAUGAACUGAUAUACCGUAUUGGAUGUGGGUUUAACUUUUCCUAAUAGUCAUUGCUUCACUUGCUGAGUGUCUCACCACCUCUCUCAGAAUCAAGUUCUGGACCCCACCAGUUCAGUUCGGUAGAUCAGAUGUGUUCUUUUCUGAGGUAGGGUUAGUUCUUAAGGGCCUAAUCCUGCAUUGCCAUCUCAGGCAAGAGGCCCAGUUAAGUCAGUGGGAGGUUUGUUUAUGUAAAGAUUGCAGGAACAGACCACAAGAAAGGAAGUCUGAAAUAUGAAAACAUUCAGUGUUAGUUCACUUAGCAAAGCAUUGAAAAAUAUGUAUUUUUUCCUUUGCUGAACUGUAGACAUUGUAGGGAAUACAAAUAAUUGAAGGCCACAUUCUGCUAUUGGAUGCCUGGAGCUCCCAUUGACUUCAGAUUUUGGACCUUGAUGUCUUCUAUGGCUUAUGUGAAAUUCUGAUUCUUAAAAUCAAGGCAUAGUGGUAUCUGUUUUCAGUAUCACUGCACAUUGGAAAGAUAUUGAACUAUUUGUCCAAUUCAUCAAGUUUGACUUGGAAUAUGCUAUUUUCAGGAUGAUAUUACUAAAUUCCUUAGGGAAAACACAAGAGGUUGUAAGUUAGUUAUGUUGGCCUUUCACCCCGCUCCCAUGGAAAUCAAUAGUGAAAGUCCCAUUGAUCUUCAGUGAGAACCAGAUGAUGCCUUAUAGGAGCAAAGAAUGGCACAGACUGUUAAGUGAUCAGUUUGAAUCCUUCUGGAAUGUGAGGGGAGUGUCAGAUUGUUCCAACAAGAGUAUAAAGAUCAGAGCUUCAUAAGCUUCUAUGUUUUAGAAUAAAGGCUACAGAAACACUGAAAGUUUGUAGAUUCAUUUACAAAAUACAUGUAUUUUUUGCUGGUAGAUAUUUUAGGAUAGGUUAGUGUCAUGUAAGUCUAAAAGCCAAUUGUGUUGAACUACUGGUUGUUUUGGAAUGUGGUACCUUCCAGGAAAGCAGGGAAUUGCAAGUAUAGAAUGAGGCAGCUUCUCAAAAUGUGUUCCAGGUUUUACCCAUUAUAGCCUUGGAGAGAAAAACUUUCCAAACUUACACUGAUUUUACCAACCCCUUGGUAAUGCUGGCCAGCAUUUCACAGGUUCAUUGCAAACAACCUAGUAGUGCUGUUAAUGGUACUGCCUCGAUUCAGCUAAGCACGAAAGCUCUUAGUUUGAGCAUGUGCCUAAGUCCAUUCCUACUCAGCAAAGCAUGUGAGUACGUGCCGAAUUCUAGUGCUUUGCUGAACUGGGGCCUAAAGCUUGAGGUACUGGGGUGUGUGUGUGUGUGUGUGUGUUUGAGCGAGAGAAGAGGAGUUGGGAUAGGACCAAAGGGAGAUGAUCAAAUUAAACAAUAGGAACUGUCCUAGUAGAGUAGCAACAGCCUAUGCCAUUGUACUCAGUAACCCAAAGCAAGAGGAGAGUCUGCAAACUGUGCAAGAGAUGUACUAAGCCUUUUAGGAAGGGGAAACUAUCCAGCUCUUUGUGUUGCAUCUUCUAUCAUCCAAAUUCAGAGGUACAUUUAGCUUGGCUUUCAAUGGAGCUUUUAAUUAUACUCCCCUCCGGAGUACAGUGUAAAGUUAGCAGCUGUUGAAAAAGAAGGGAUGGGGGGAAAAAAAAAGCAUCCAAUAAGAAGUUGCAUGUGAUAUCUAGUAGGACUGUCCGUAAAUUCUGACCUAAUUAUGAGUACCCUAUUUACAGUGUAGGAAAGCCUCCAGGUGAAAAUGUAUUUAACACAAUCAAAAAGCCAGAAACAUCUAUUUUUGAAAAAGAGCAAUGAAUAUCUAGAAUGGUACCGUGAAUUACAUUGUAAAUUGAUUUUUAAAGACUGUAUUUGACUUAUGUGACAACAUGCUAUUGUUCCAAAUAACCAAUGGAUAAAUAAAGUGGGGAAAAAAACCCUAAA